AUGAUAAAGGAUCUCUUCUCGCGAGAGAGCCCAGGGCAGUCGAAGAGAGGUUUCUAUUUGAAGGCGCGUGAAAAGUAUGUCGAGACAAGGGGCAGGACGCAUGGGGGUACGCCGUGCGUCGCCCUCACGAGGUUUUGUCACUCUAUGGAAGAAAGACGGGGCAGUAGAGCGAUACCCCAAGCAGAAUUAAUCUACCUAGUUCCGAUUCCACCCUCAAUCGCUCAGUCCUCUAAUCCGUGCACUAACUACGUGCUCCUCUUACAUGAUGUUCUGCGGAGAGACGGAGCGGAAGCUACGAGGGUGGUCAAUGAGAAGGAAUGGAAAAGACCGGGCUAG